AUGGGAAUGGAAAGGCAGCUAACUGUGGCAUAUUCACCACAGCAAAACGGAGUAGCAGAACGAAAGAACAUGACAAUUAUGGAGAUGGCUAAGUGCAUGAUGAUUGAAAAGAAGAUGCCUCUAGAAUUUUGGGAUGAGGCAAUAAACACUACUGUGUAUGUUAAGAACAGAUGUCCAACUAAGGCCUUAGACAAGAAAACUUCAUUUGAAGCUUAUAGUGGUAGAAAGCCAGGAGUUAAACAUUUAAGAGUGUUUGGUUCCUUGUGCUAUGCACAUGUUCCAACUCAACAAAGGCAGAAGCUCGACUUAGCUAGUACAAGAUGUAUAUUUCUGGGUGGUUUGGGAUUGGAAUGCACGAAAGAAUGUGAUAUCUCAAUACCCCUUAAUGAGACACUCACUGAGAGAGAAGAGGAACCUAGUGAUUCUAGCUUGAGUCAAGAAGAAAUUUCAGAAGAGAGGCAUGCUGAUUUUGACUCAAGAUCACAGGAUGUUGAUCACACACCUUUGAAAUACAAGAGUAUUGCAGAAGUGUAUGCGAGAUGUAACUUAUGUAUUAUCAAGCCUGAGACUUUUGAAGAGGCUGUUAAGGAUGAAGCAUGGCAGAAAGCAAUGGAGAAUGAGAUAGAAAUGAUAGAGAAGAACAAGACUUAG